AUGUCUGUCCCACAGUUGGCUUCAGCAGACUCCCAAAACGACCUGGUCAAACGGUCACUGGCAAUGGCUAUGAUCAGUGACCGGUACCCAGAAGAAUCUUGGAUCCAUGCAUACACUGAUGGUUCGUCAACAAAUGCUGUGGCCAAUGGAGGGGCAGGCAUAUUUAUCAAGCUCCCUUCAAGAAAUACCCUAACUGCAAAAGUACCAACCGGCACCCACAGUUCCAACUACAAUGCAGAAACCCAUGCACUUAUUCAGGCUGCUACAAUGAUCAAGGAUGCAAAAGAAGACUGUCAACAAGUUGUCUUCCUCACAGAUGCUCUCUCAGUCCUACAAGCCUUGCAAGGGGAAAAACUUCCUCACCUGAAUGAAGCCAUGCAAGAGGUAGCAAAGGAAAGACGAGUAGCUCUACAGUGGAUCCCAGCACAUUGUGGGAUUCCAGGAAAUGAGGAAGCAGACAGGCUAGCCAAGCUAGGAGCUAAUCAUGUACAGCCCAGCAACAACAUUAGCUUCUCAGAGAAGAAAACCUUGAUAAAGGCAGCCAACAGACCCAGGACAGAACAAGAUGAUUACCACCUUCUCAGUCGCUUGGAACAAGUAACUCUGUUGAGACUCCGGACAGGCCACAACCGACUGAAUGCUCACAUGUUCAGAAAGUUUAAACUUGCAGCAACACCAACCUGCAGUUGUGGCCUGGAAGACCAAACAGCAGAACACAUCUUACAGGCGUGUCCAAUUCAUCAAGACCUGAGACAAGCUGAGUGGCCAAUCGAAACUGCCAUACACACCAAACUCUAUGGAAAGAGAGGCGAACUGGAAAAAACAGCUCAUUUUAUCUUACAGACUGGACUAUUGGUCUAA